GCCUACAUAGGUUAACACCUCUAGAUCCUUCAUCAUCAUCUUCUUUCCUUCUGAAUUGUUCAAUUCCUUCUUUAUUGUGAUUACUGAUUGAAACUUCAGGGAAUUAACAACGAAGGAAGUUCGAUUUCCGUUUAGCGGAUUCAGGGAGGGAAGAUAGCUGAUUGUUCACGUGGAGUUUGUGAAAAUGCCGCACCGUACGACUUACUUCUUUCCUAGGCAAAUCCCGGACAAUACUGGAUCCAAUACAUCAGCAAAGCUUUCAAAGGAUCACGAGAAUAUACCAGCACAGAAGAAGAACUUUAAUGACGACGGCGAUGACGACCUUAGAAGUCAAAAGAUCUCCAAGGAGGUUAGGGAAAAAUGUAAGAGGAGUACUUCAACGCCAUCGUUGGAUACUUUCACGGGAGAUAAAAUUCCUGAAAAGCAACUCUCCGUGUUCUUAAAUUGGUUGGCCGAUAAGAAAACUCACAAGUCUGGUCACGUGAAAAUCAGAUUGGAAAGCGACGGAAAUCACGAUCAUGAUCAGCUUCUUCUCCCGCCGGAGCAACCACAGCCACAGGUCAUUGCUAACGAAACUAAUCAGACGGAGGUCGAUACUCGGGAGAGGAAUGUGGUUCCCUCGAGAGAACCGACUUUCGUCCGGCGCCAGUCAUUGCAGAAGCUAUCAAGUGAGCUAUUGGCGCCUCGAGUCUCCAGAGAGAAUUUUGGUUUUGAACGGCAAGUGUCGCUCCAAAGAUUGUCCAGUGGGAGUAGUUAUGGUGGAAGUAUGUUUUCAGGGACAACAGUAGAUGAGAAUUAUUCGAGCAGCGUAAAGGAGGAUUGGCAAUCCUCCUCGACUUCAAGAAGAAGAGAUGAUGAGGUGAAUGAUCACAACAAGAGAGGGACGUUGAUUCAGAGGUCGCGAGAGAGCUUCUGUUUACAGCUCAAUUUUGCGAAAAGACUAUCGAAUGAAGCUUCACUUGCCGGUGAAUACCUACUUCUUCAAGAUUUUUGUGGACCAGAGGUUGUGGGUGUUCCUUAUAAUGCAGAGGCAGUCUCCUAUCGGCUAUGGAUCAGUGGCUGCUUAUCCUACUCUGAUAGGAUCUCAGACGGCUUCUAUAAUAUUCUUGGAAUUAAUCCAAAUUUAUGGGUGAUGUGCAAUGACCAUGAAGAAGGUAAGCGACUGCCAUCUCUAGUGGCACUUAAAGCUGUUGAACCCAGUGAUCCAUCAAUGGAGGUAGUUAUUAUUGAUAGAAAUGGAGAUUCCCGUCUUAGGGAGCUAGAAGAUAAAGCACAACAACUGUAUUUUACUUCAAAACGAUCCUCUGUGUUGGUUGAGAAACUGGGGAAGCUUGUUGCUAUUUACAUGGGGGGGAUGUUCCCCACGGAACAAGGUGAACUAAAUGCACGCUGGAGAUUGGUUAGCCAAAGACUCAAGGAUCUUCAGAGCUGCAUUGUGCUUCCAAUUGGUAGCUUGACAUCAGGUCUUUGUAGGCAUCGAGCUAUUCUUUUCAAGAAAUUGGCCGAUUAUGUAGGCUUGCCAUGUAGAAUAACACGAGGUUGUAGGUACUGUGUUUCAGACCAUCGUUCUUCCUGCCUUGUUAAGAUUGAGGAUGAAUACAAGAUUUCCAGGGAAUUCGUAGUUGAUCUAGUUGGUGAACCUGGGAACAUCCGUGGUCCAGAUUCCUCGAUUAAUGGAGGAGCCUCUUCAGGGCUUUCACCUUUUAAAGUUUCUCACCUUAACAAAUUUCAACAUCCCUAUGUGGAUAAUGCAUCAUAUCAGCAAAUGUUGAGCUCAAAGCAUGCAUGUAUUACUGAAAGCUCUCCAUACUCAGAUGAUCGAGAACAGAGUGUUAUCUGGCAGAAGAAUCCAAAUAAAGCUGGUCUAAUCCCGAGUAAUGAUUUCUGCAUAAGAAAUGCAUGCAGAGAUAGGGAUCCUGGUGUGGUUGAAUCAUCAGAAGAUGGAUACUCGGGAGCUGAUGGAGAAAAUACAGUCUUACAGCAUGGUCACAAGACGGAGACAGCCUCGACUGCUGCAACUUCAGCAAUAGUUGUGACAACAAGACAUCCUGAACUGAAUUCAUCCUCACCCAAUUCAUUGGAUUCAACAAGUCCUUGUGUCACUUUACCAAGAUACUUGAAUCUUGAACCUUCUCUUGCAAUGGAUUGGCUUGAAAUCUCAUGGGAUGACCUGCACAUCAAAGAGCGAGUUGGAUCUGGCUCUUUUGGGAUAGUACAUAGAGCAGAAUGGCAUGGAUCGGAUGUUGCUGUGAAGGUGCUAACAGUUCAGGAUUUUCAGGACAAUCAGCUAAAGGAGUUUUUGAGAGAGGUUGCAAUUAUGAAACGUGUUCGUCAUCCAAAUGUGGUGCUCUUCAUGGGUGCUGUCACAAAGCGUCCACAUUUAUCGAUAGUGACAGAAUAUCUUCCUAGGGGUAGCUUGUUCCACCUUAUUCAUCGGCCUGCUGCGGGGGAGAUGAUAGAUCAAAGGAGGAGACUACGCAUGGCUUUGGAUGUGGCCAAGGGCAUCAAUUAUCUUCAUUGCCUUAACCCUCCUGUAGUACAUUGGGAUCUGAAAUCCCCGAAUCUGUUGGUUGAUAAGAACUGGACCGUAAAGGUAGGUGAUUUCGGGUUGUCUAGAUUCAAAUCCAGCACCUUCAUAUCAUCAAAAUCUGUGGCUGGAACGCCGGAGUGGAUGGCUCCGGAGUGUCUUCGUGGAGAACCCUCAAACGAGAAGUCGGAUGUGUACAGUUUUGGAGUUAUUCUUUGGGAGCUUGUGACCAUGCAACAGCCUUGGAAUGGACUUGGCCCAGCUCAGGUGGUUGGAGCAGUUGCUUUCCAAAAUCGAAGAUUGACAGUCCCAGCCAAUACGACACCUUUAUUGGCUUCUCUAAUGGAGUCAUGUUGGGAUGAUGAUCCAGCUAUGCGGCCUUCGUUUACCAAAAUAGUGGAGACACUAAAGAAGCUUCUCAAGUCUCCUUUGCAGUUGAUGCAGAUGGGAGGGCCAAUAAAAUGAACAAGAAGCAG